AUGGCUGAAUCACCACCCGCCGACAAUGGCAGCAUCGUCGGCCGCGUCAGGAGCGCCUCCAUCUCCGUCAUGAACGCGAACCCUCAAUUGGGCAUGUGGCAGGCCGCCGGCACGGCAAUCGCCCAGGCGCCCAACCUCACCGAGCUCCGCGACCCGGACUCGGGCGGCGACAACAUCGCCUUCACGGCGCAGGGCCACUCGGCGCGCUACGCCAUCCAGGAGCCCCAGGGCGACCUCGCGCUCGUCAGGCCCGCCGUGGGCCGGCGCGCGUCGACCUUCUCUAACAACGCGCAGCCCGGGUUCCGCAACGUCUUCGGCGACAAGUCCGAGAACAUCCGGGAGGCCGAGGAGCCGUCCGCGCCGGCCGACACAUCGGACGACGUCCGGCCCGGGACGCACGAGAGCCUGCUGCCGAGCGACGGCCAGCAGCUCCGCCGGCGGCAGAGCCUGUACCAGAAGCACAUGGCCAACGAAAAGGCCCCGUGGAAGACGACCAUCAACAACGGCCUGAAGGCGUUUUGGAAGUUCUUCCUCACGCCCUCCGGCUUCAUCAUCACCAUUUACUGCCUGAACAUCGUCGCCAUGCUCUUCUUCCUCCUUCUCAAGGCCGCCCCGGCGAUGAACUACCCCACCGCCGACGAUGACAACUCGCCCCGGAAGAAGUGGCUCGAGAUCUCCAGCCAGAUCCUCAACGCCCUCUUCUGCGUCACGGGCUUCGGCCUCGCCCCGUGGCGCUUCCGCGACCUGUACCUCUACGUCCGGGCCGUCAACUUCCGGAACCAGGCCGCCAUGCUCAGGCUCGCCGCGCAGAACAAGGGCUGGUUCAGGCCGCCCGCGUGGGCCGCCGACGCCGAGAAGGCCCCCGAGACCUUCACGGGCCAGGUCGCGCCGCCGACGCCGCUCUGGAAGCUCGGCUUCACCAUCUGGAUGAUGGUCCUCAACACCUUCCUGCAGGCCGUCCUGUGCUACUUCAUGUGGGGAUACAACCGGCUUGACCGACCUGCAUGGGCGACUGGCACAUUCAUCGGUUUGGGAUGCGGUGUAGCCAUGCUUGCGGGUCUGAUGUCUUGGUGGGAGGGGCGGAAGGUCAAGAAGGUCGAAGGCCCAGAGGUGAGGAUUAUCCAAGAGGUAUAA